AUGUCAUCAUUAGGGGAGGAAGUACGAGAUGCUGUGUUGGCUGUCCUACCUGGGCUACCAGAUGAUAAACUUUCUUCUCUCCUGAACACUUUGGCAAGCAUAGGAGUUGAAUCCAAAUCUGACCUGCAGUUCAUUAAAGAGCAGGAUCUCCCUGAUCACAUCACACCAAUACAGUGCCGUCGACUCCUCAGUGCAUGGAAUGCAGGAGAUCAAACAAGUUGUGUCAAAGUAACAUCUCGAGAAACCCCAAACCUGCUUUCUGAUACCACAACGGAGGUCUUCUUAUCAAAGUCUAGCUCAUCAAGCACACCAAGUGUGUCCAGCACAGACAGUUCCAGUACAACUGUGGAUUUAUCUGUAUGGCCGGAAAACUUUGAAGUUCCCUGGAAUAGGAUGUCUUCUGAUAUUAAAACAGCCAUUGCACUGAGAAAACGCCCUACAGCAAAGGAUCGCAGAGAAAUGGUUAGAAUAAUUGUGGAUGAGAUGAGACUGACAGAGUUAAAUCCAUCGAAAUCACAGUGCCUGAUUGUGGCUAAGAAGAUAGUUAGACAAUAUCCGGAAUGCUUUGCUGAUGUCCUGCGAGAUGGCACAAAGAUUGGCACUGGUUAUGGAUCUCUGUUGACUCAAAUUAAAACACGAGUAGAGCAUGUUAAUCGUGGCUGCUCACUGUCAAGACGCAGGACACAGAAAAUUACCUCAAAUUCACCAGUGGAACACAUUGCUCCAGGACCUGCUGACCAGUACGGUUGUGUGAGAUGGCAGCCUGAGUGUCCUGUAGAAGAAACUGAGGAGAGUCUCAAAGAUAAACAAAAAGAAAUGAAAGACCUCUAUAGUACUGAGGGACCAGCUGGAGCAGAGAGAAGACAUCUCAGUCAGUUAAUGGAAGCAACAUACUAUCUCCAAAGAAAAUCAAUCAAUGCCUGUCCACCACCAUCCUUUGCUGAGUUGAAAAAUGACUGGCCAUACCUUUUUACACCCAAAGAACUUUAUAGCCACUUUAAAUCACUCACAAACAUAAGCAUUCUGGAAAAACUUGAGAACUCCAUGGAAGAGAAGGGAAAGAUGAUCAUUCAGUUCUUCCAACAAAAGCAAGCAGGGUGUAAUGCAAAUGAGAUCCAGCGCAUACUUGUCAAGUUUGAUGAUAGUGGAGCAUCUUGUAUCAUCCCAUGCGUGAUCCUUCUACUUCUAUCCCAUUUCAAAGAGAAACCUGAAGCACUCAUUCUUCAGGCUGAUGUAGCGGCAACAGAAGCUGAUGUUGAAAAUAGUUUCACUCUUCCAGACUCACCAAGACUGAUCGUCCAAGGUGAAAUCCUCACUGCAACUCAGUGGAUGCUGAGUAUUGAAGGUCAGGUGGUUGUGAAUCCACACCCAAACCUUGUGGCUGGAUUUGCAGCCUUGUUUGCAGCAUACUACAACUUUAACCUGGUUUACCAGGAGGAGGCAUCCUCCACACUUGAAUUUGUUCAAAGAUGUUUUGUUGGAAUCAACCCUACCACUGGAACCAAGACAGCCACAACAAAGGUUGGAGGCAGAAAAAGUGGAAAAGCCUCUGAGAAGAGAAACAACACCGUAAACCCUCAUGUGUCUACUCUUCUCAGAAAAUUAAUGGACUUUGAAUGGUUACGCAUGUAA